AUGAGCACACACACGCACACCUGCACACAUUUGAUUGGCCAGUGCCGCAUUGCUUUACACCUAGGCAAGCAAGCAAGCGGCCAACUAAUAAACUUGGCAACAAACAAAGUAGCCGCCGUUGGACAAAAUUGCGUUCAUACCGCAUUUUGUGGCCGUUACAAGUGGCUGCACGCCGCCGCCGCCGCUGUCCGACCUCCCACCGACACGUGCCACAAGAAAUUCCUCAUGUGUUUGUUUAUGUGUGUGCGCAUUGUUUUUGCAGGUGUUUACAAGCCAUUUGCUGUGUAUAAAAUCAAUGUGCAGGAUAUUCGAAAGCUCAUUACUGAAUUUGCAGCAAACAUGAUCAAGUGCAACCUAGCAAACACACUCACCGUGCCGCUACUACUAUUGGCGCUCAGUUGUUCCACCGCAAUUGGACGUCUCAAUAAACGCAGCGGCUAUAUCUACAAGCAGCCAGCUGGACCGCCGCAUGCGCCAGCACAUGGAUUUUACGAGAACAGCAACUCACUGCAUCCACAUGAGCUGCCGUCCGGUCCGUCUCAUGAGGCGCCCAGUGGUCCUUAUUACGAGUACAAGCCAUCGCUGCCGAGUGUGCAUUCACAUGGUGGAGGCGGUGGUGGCAGUAAGAGCGUUGGCAGCAAGUCCGGCUACAGCAUUGGCAGUGGUCUGCGCUCCAUCGCGCAAGGCUCAGCCAAUCAGGCAUACACUGCGGUGGCCAAUCAACACGCCGCCGCUAAACAGGCUGCUUUCAUAGCCAAAAACACGCUAGCGCAGGCUGCCUCGCAAGCGGCUGCCACUGCGCAGGCUGCGCUGGCCGGAAAGAAAGUGAUUUUGCAGGAGUUGGAGCAACAGGCUGCGGAAUCGCAGCGCUCACUGUCGCGCGAGCUAGAACAAUUGAAAUCUGCAAAGAUCGCGGCGCAAUUGGCACAGCAAACAGCGCAAUCUGCAAAUCAUCAUGUUUCUGUGCUGAUAGCGGCGGUGAACAAUGCGAAAUCGCUGGCCGAACAGGCGGAGCAAGCAACCAGUGAGGUGGCCAAUCAGUUGGCUUCACAAUCGUCAAUGGUCGGUCAGGCAAAAUCGCGUGUGGAGCAGGUGGAGGAGCAGCUGAAGCAGGCCCGUAUCGAUUACGAGGCUACCAAGGAGGCGACAUUGAAAGCCGCAUCGUCUGCCGCCGAAGCUCAGGUGAAUGCAUCCAAGGCGGCUGCGCACGCUACCAUCGGCUUGCACGAGAGCACCAAUCACGAUCCGCCUAGUGCUGAAGGCGAUGACUCGUCGUAUGACAUUGAAACUACUGCACACGGUCAAGAAAUACAAUAUGAGACACAUGGCGAGCAUAGGCCGUAA